AUGGCUACUACACAGGCAUCAACUUUCCGAGCAGCAUCGCUGUACCCCAGUCCUUCAGAGGCAUCACUCAAGCUACAUUUCCUCGGGCAGAAGAUCAAAGAUGUGCAAGCACCGGCUGCCAUCGUCAAUGCGGCAGUGGUCAGGAGAAACUGUAGACUGAUGCUGGAGACCGCCGAGAAGCUAGGUGUAUCAUUCCGGGCACAUGUCAAGACGCACAAGACAACAGAGAUUUCUGAGCUGCAAGUUGGCAAAGACACAAAAUCAGUGAAGUUGGUAGCGUCGACAGUGAGCGAGAUUGAGCAUUUGACGCCUUAUCUCCUAAAGCGUAAAGUGAGAGGCGACGAUGUCAAUGUCCUGUACGGACUUCCCCUUCCUCCAUCCGCGGUCCCAAGGUUGGCUGCCAUUGCUCGGAUCUUGGGGAAGGGUACAGUCGGUCUUUUCGCGGACCAUCCUGCACACAUCAAAGUCCUGGCUGAAAUCCCGGUGUGGGUGAACAUCGAUGUCGGGUACCAUAGGGAAGGUGUGCCAGCAGGAUCGAAGCAACUUGCAGACAUCGCUUAUGCGCUGGCGGCAUCACCAAAGGUCACGCUCGGGGGCAUUUAUACGCAUUACGGCCUUUCGUAUGAUGUCAGUAGUCCUGAAGAAGCGUUGGAAUCGAUGGCCAAAGAACUCCGCGGUCUCGAAGAAGGAGCUGUGGCAUUCCUGAAAAGCGCUGGAGCCAACAUUAGCAGUAAGCGUAAUGCUUCAAAAGUGGUCCUUUCUCUUGGAGCAACCCCGACAACAACCUCAAUCCAGAAUAUUCUUGAAGGGACCAAGAUUGGAAGCCGGUAUCGAGACAUGAUCAAGAUGUGCGCAGAAUCAUUCGAGGUCGAAUUCCAUGGCGGAGUCUAUCUGGUAAUGGAUAUGCAGCAGUUGGCCACACGUGCAAGACCACAACACUCCGCCAACGAUCCUGGUCAGAGUCUGCUGUCCUUCAAAGACCUGGGUUUCCGAGUCUUGGCGGAAGUAGCCAGUGUCUAUCCCGACCGCAGCGACACGCCAGAGGCACUCAUAGCGGCAGGCUCCAUCGUUCUUGGACGCGAACCAUGUAAGAGUUACCCUGGCUGGGGUGUGAUCACACCUUGGCCUGCGCAGGAUGGUCCACAUUACGAACCAGAAGGCUCAAAGACUGGCUGGAUCGUGGGCAAGGUCAGUCAAGAGCAUGGCAACCUUCGCUGGGAGGGACCACAAGACAAUGUUCGACCUCUCGAAGUGGGUGAGAAGGUACUUGUCUGGCCGAACCACGCAUGUAUAGCGGGUGUGAACUUUGGAUGGUACCUUGUCGUGGACUCUGAGUCGGAUCCUGAGACGAUUGUAGACGUCUGGGUCAGAUGGCGCGGAUGGUGA